CUUAAGGGCUCUAAAACCCUAAAGAAAGAAAACCCCUGAGAUUUGAGAUUUCUGAAGGGAAAUGGACUUUCUACACUGAAUCUGGAGUAAGAAAUCCUCAACUAUUCAUCACAAGAAUUUAAGAGAGAAGAAGCGCGGGAAGCAAGGAUGCAAGCUUUGAGGAGAUACCCACUUCAGAAUAUCUCAUCCAAAUUCUUCAACCAAGUAGCUGGGGCCAAUGCAUAUUCUACCAAGGUGCUUCAUGAUGUAGGACAGCCCACAGCUGCCACUCAUCCUAUGUUACUGAAGGAAGGUGAAAUUACUCCUGGCAUUACUUGUGAAGAAUAUAUCAUGAGGAGGAAGAAAUUAUUAGAGCUUCUGCCUGAGAAAAGUUUGGCAAUUGUUGCAUCUGCUCCUAUAAAAAUGAUGACUGAUGUUGUACCUUACCCUUUCCGACAAGAUGCUGAUUAUUUAUAUAUAACUGGCUGUCAACAGCCUGGUGGGGUAGCAGUCUUAGGUCAUGAUUGUGGUUUAUGCAUGUUCAUGCCAGAAGCUGACCCUCAUGAUGUCCUUUGGCAAGGAGAGGUGGCUGGAGUGGAUGCUGCUCUACAGGCAUUCAAGGCCGACCAGGCUUACCCUAUUAACAGGUUACACAAGAUACUCUCUGGGAUGAUUGGAAGCUGUUCUAAUUUAUUCCACAAUGUGAAGACAGCUUCAUCAGCUUAUAUGGACCUGGAACCAUUUAAAAAAGCAUAUCAAAGUGGCAUAGUAAAAGAUUUCUCUAUUUACACUCAUGAAGCUCGAUUGGUUAAAUCGCCUGCUGAGCUUAAAUUAAUGCGAGACUCUGCAUCUAUAGCUUGCCAGGCUCUUAUACAAACUAUGCUGCAUUCAAAGUUGUUUCCUCAUGAGGGUUUUCUCUCAGCUAAGUUUGAAUAUGAAUGCAAGAUGAGAGGCGCCCAAAGAAUGGCGUUCAAUCCUGUUGUUGGUGGUGGGCCAAAUGGUAGUAUCAUUCAUUAUGCCCGGAAUGAUCAAAAAAUUGAAGAUGGUAACCUUGUUUUGAUGGAUGUUGGAUGUGAACUCCAUGGUUAUGUUAGUGAUCUUACUCGUACCUGGCCACCCUGUGGCCGCUUCUCUCCAGUUCAUGAAGAACUUUAUCAUCUUCUUUUAGAGACAAACAAGGAGUGUGUGAAGCUGUGUAGGCCUGGCACAAGCAUAAGAGAGAUACAUGACUACUCGGUUGAAAAGAUGCAGAAAGCAUUCAAGGAGAUUGGACUACUAAAAGACAACCGGCCUGAAAGAUAUCAUAUGCUAAAUCCAACCAGUAUAGGUCAUUAUCUAGGAAUGGAUGUUCAUGAUUGUUCUACUGUUAGCUUCAAUAGGACUCUGAAGCCUGGUGUUGUGAUCACAAUUGAACCAGGGGUAUACAUCCCUUCAAAUUCUGAUGUUCCCGAAAGGUAUCGAGGCAUUGGGAUAAGAAUUGAAGAUGAAGUCCUCGUUACAGAAACAGGCUAUGAGGUACUCACAGGAUCAAUACCUAAGGAAAUCAAGCACAUUGAAUCCCUUCUAAACAACUUUAGCAAUGGAAUGGAAUCUCAUAACUCCACAAGAGCAGCAUUUCGUUAGUUUUUCCUCAAACCUUUUCAAUUUGAAGACAGCAACAUGCUAUUGAAUUAAGAGCACGAGUAAGUUCUAUACUUUGUACUAUCUUUUAUACCCACACUAGUUCUUGUUUUGUGGUAGCCGGUUUUUUAUGCUUAUUUCUUGUAAUUACACGUGAGAAACCAAUAAGUGUGAUGAACAAAUGAAGUGCUGGUGAUUUAUGAAUAAUCGGUGAUCAACUUUUGGAUAAUGAAGCGGUUAUUCUUUAUUACUUA